AUGGAACAUAACCAAAUAGAACAUAAUCAAAUGGGAUAUAUCCCAAAUGUUUCAUAUAAUAAUAACUUUAAUAUUUCUAGCGACCCUUUAGAUACGACAACUUACAUAACUGGCAAUUACAAAGAGUCCUCUUUUAUGGAUAAUCAACUUGGUACUUCAGCUCAAUACCAUCAUCCUACGUUCACUACAUCGUAUUACGUGCCGCAACAUAACUCUCCGCUUCAAUUCCAAAAUAACUUCUCAUCAGUUAAUUCUCCUCAACCGAAUAAUUCCGAAAUCUUUAGACUUAAUAUUCCCGGGUUUAGAAUUAUCGUUAUACCUAAUUCUGUAAAUUUAGCUAAUUUGGAUUUACAAAAUUUGUUUCAACCCCAAAUAUCGUUACUGAAAACUUGCAAACUCACUCUCAAAAUACUUUUGGUUUAA